AUGUUAAGUCGUGAAAAAUUUGAAAACGAUAUUCGUGCGUUGAAAGAACUCUGCGACAACAAUCUUGGUAAGCACGAACGUGGAUUGUUUUGUGUUAGCAAUUCUUCAAUCGAAUGGGAAGGGAAAGUUGUAGUACGACAAUACCACAUCAUAUAUAGCAUUACUUACGAAGUUCCUACAUUGUGGUUCAACUUCUAUUGGAAAGACGGAAGCUUGCUUAAAAUGGAUGAAAUAAUAGAAUUGGUGUCUUCCGAAUAUCGUCAAGCAGUUCAAAAUGACCGUUUAAUUUCAAUCUCUCAAGGUGAACACCCUUAUCUUGGUGUUGCAUUCUACCACAUACACCCCUGUAGGACUCAGGAUAUUAUGAGCGAAAUACACACUGCCAAUUAUAUUUUAAGUUGGCUGUCUAUAUAUGGACGACUGGUGGGACUUCUGUUACCAAACGAGAUCUUCUCCGAAGGGAACCAGCUAGAUGUGUUUUGA